GGAAGCGCUUCUGAAGUGUCCCAAAGUGUCCUCUUCCCUGAGGGUACAAGGGGCCAGCAAUGGAGACGGUUGUGAUUGUGGCCAUUGGGGUGCUGGCGACCAUCUUCCUAGCUUCUUUCGUGGCUCUGGUUGUGGUGUGCAGGCAACGUUACUGCCGGCCCAAGGACUUCUCGAACCAUUAUGAUACCAGGCCCAUCGUUGACUUCAGUGGCACCAUGGAAACUCAGUCUGAACCUUCAGAAUUAGAACUGGAUGACGUGGUUCUAACAAACCCGCAUAUUGAAGCCAUCCUGGAGAACGCAGACUGGAUUGAAGAUGCUUCGGGCCUGGUCUCCCAUUGCAUUGCUAUCCUGAAGAUCUGCCACACCCUCACCGAGAAGCUUGUUGCCAUGACGAUGGGUUCGGGAGCCCAAAUGAAGCCUCCGGCAAGCCUCAGUGACAUCAUUGUGGUUGCCAAGCGGAUCAGCCCCAGGGUCGAUGAUGUGGUCCGAUCCAUGUACCCACCACUGGAUCCCAAACUUCUGGAUGCCAGGACAACAGCGCUGCUCCUCUCCGUCAGCCACUUGGUCUUGAUCACCCGCAACGCCUGCCACUCUCCCAGCCGCAUGGACUGGAUCGACCAAUCGCUGUCUGCGGCAGAGGAGCACAUGGCUGUGUUGCGCGAGGCAGCCCUCGCCUCUGAACCGGAGCGCUCUGGGCCCAGCGGCGAUGCUUUCCUGCAGGAGCAGUCGACGAUCUGAGGGAGAAAUCAGAAGCCCAGAGCUCCUCGGAUGAACUGCUCCCCGCCGUUUCCUUCUCUCUUCCCCUCACGGUCGUGAACGCGAAGCUUGUGCCGUCCGCUGCGUAGCGUAGUUUUGCUGCACGGUUAGCACCCCAGAGAUACAGAACUGAAUCUCCGCUCCCUUGAUGUCUUGUUCUAAUUCUCUCCCAUGUGUGGAAUUGGUGACACUGAGGUGGUUUAGAUGGAGUGCUGUUGGUGGUUUUUUUUGCACAGCGAGAGGAAAAACGUCCUCUAUUGUUGAAGUACAAAUAAGGCCACAUAAAGGGGUGCUGUGACAAAAACUGGAACCCAUACAGAUUGCAAAGAGCUACUUGAGGUAUGUCUGGGGUUUGAGGGCCUGACGAGUAGGAUUUCUGGCUUUGCGUUAUUAUCCGAGACCAUUAUUAUCACAAGCUGCCUUUGAAAGCUCCCUCCAUUUCUGGGAAUGUAGAAAUGUAGUUGGAUUCUAAGGCCUAUGUUCUUAAAGUUUUAUUUAUAUACUCUGAGCCUUCUACAGUCCAAACUGAAGACUACAGAGAGCUGGAAUGUAACUCUUCUCGUUCCAGUACAUUUCUGGUGCACAUAACCGACGUUUAAGUUUAAAUUGUUUUAUUAAGAUUUAAAAUGUAAGCGGAUUCCUCCCUAAUACAGCUUAAGGCACUUCCACAUGGACUGUUUUUAUUGAGCACUCCUCAUAGAAUUAUAGAAUGGUAGAGUUGAAAGAGACCCCAGGUGUCAUCUAGUCCAGCCCCCUGCAAUGCAGAAAUCUUGAUUUGUUCACUUACAAUUUGCACAGAGGUUAUAUGACAUCACUUGUAGUCCUGUGCAAUUGUCUUUUACUUUCUGUACUGAAAAAAAGUCUGAUAAGAAGAGAAGGAAUAGCAAAUUGCACUGGAAAGUGUGGCAAAAUAACCACUAGCUUGAAAUACCCACUGGAUCUUUGUGUACAAAUCAAAAUGAAUUCGCAAUAAACAGCCAGUUGGAUCUCCCCUUAGUCUAAAUUGGCUUUGUGCAAGAGGUUUUUCCUCCUAUGCUAAGGAACAUGUUUAUACUUUUGGGAUAAACCUGUCAGCAUUUUUUUUCCUUUGGGAUUGUAUAUGCGUAAGUUUCUUGAUAACGUAUUUAGGGUGAGUGCUGCCCAUAGGCCUAACCAUUUGGCCACCAUGCCUUGCAAACUACUU